AUGUCUGAAGCGGAGGCACGAGCAUACACUCAAAGACUCGCCGCAUGGGUGGAUAAAGAAAAGGCAAAAUCAAUGAACAGUUGUUGUGAUGGUGUAAUGCAAGAAUCAAAUUCCUUACUGAAAUUGGCAUAUGUCAGAGCUCAGAGAGAGCUAUCCGUCGCCGAGGAAAAGUACAAAAUGAAGAUAGUAUCUCUACAGGCUAAGAAGACACAAAUCGAGAUAGAUGUUGAGACUUUAAAGCACAAGAAACAGUUAGAAGCAGAGACGUCAAAGCACAAGAAACAGUUAGAAGUAGAGGCAUCAAAGCACAAAAAAAUGGAAUGGGUUAGCAACGAGGAAGCUCGGUCCAAGGAGAAAUUAGAAGGAAAAAAGGCAGUAAUUGAAUCUAAACGUGAGAAGAAAGAUCUCAAGACAAACGAGAGGGCCCAUAAGUAUGAUGCCAGUGGUACUCAUCCCAAUCCAAACAAGUGUUUAGGUUGUGGUUAUCUUCCAAAGAGUCCAAAGAAGUAUUUUGGUUGCGAUGGUUCUACUUUAGAUUAG